GGCCCUGGGAAGUGGCUUGCCUCCUGGGCAGGGAAUGUUGGAGAAUGUGGCUUGCUUUAGUUGCUUCCUCCCAGACCCAGAAGCACCAUGGCCUCCUCUUUGGUUUAGUGCCACAUGGAGCUGCAGGAUUUUUUUUUUUUUUUUUUUUUUUUUUUGUCUUUUUGCAGGAGGCCAGGUUGGGGCUGGGUAAGAAGUCCUGUAGUACUGUUACCAAAGGAAGACGGGAAGGCUGUGGUGUCUGAAUCAGGGUAGGCCAGGGUAGGAGCUCAGAGCACAGAGGAUAGGGCCCAGGGCGCGGCUUUUCCCCGUGUGGCAGCUGUGCUGGGUUUGGGACCGGCCGCUAUGGGGGACAUGAAGACCCCUGAUUUCGAUGACCUCCUUGCUGCCUUUGACAUCCCUGACAUCGAUGCAAAUGAAGCCAUCCACUCAGGGCCGGAAGAAAGUGACGGGCCGGGAGGCCCAGGGAAGCCAGAACCCAGUGAGGGAGGUGCAUCUGGAGACAAAGCAGCAGCAGCCGCUGGGGACGACCCUGAAGUUGCAGCCCAGGCCUCUGACCACGGCCUGCCGCCGCCAGACAUUUCCACCGUCAGCGUCAUUGUCAAGAACACUGUGUGUCCCGAACAGUCUGAGAACCUGGCCGGAGCUUCUGGAGCGGAAGGGGCCCGGCCUGGGGCCGUAAGCAAGGAAGGGCCUGUGGGACCUCGGCUGAUGCAAAAUGGUUUUGGGGGCCCAGAGCCAUCCCUCCCGGGAACCCCCCGCUCCCCAGCUCCCCCCAGUGUGGGGGCCUGGAAAGAAAAAGCCAUGGAAGGCAAAGCGCCCUUGGACCUCUUUGCUCAUUUCGAGCCUGAGCCAGAGAAGCACCCAGAUCCCCUGCCUCCCUCCGCACCCUCCCCACCUCGGGAGGGGGCCAUGACCCCACCUCCUUUCUCCUCUCCCUUUGAGCUGGCCCCUGAGAACGGCCCCGCCCUGCUGCCGCCUGGCUCUUCCCCGCUGCUGGGGGCCUUGAAGCCAGGCAGCUGCAGCCCCCGCCACCCCCAGGGCCUCCCGCAGCGAGGUGCUGGCGCCGAGGCCACAGGCAUCCCUGCCAGUGCCUCACCUCCCCGGGUGGCUGGGGUGCCGUUCUUCAAGCAGUCUCCAGGGCACCAGAGCCCUCUUGCCUCCCCUAAAGUACCCGGCUGUAAGCCCCUGAAGGAGGAAGAAGAUGCGGGACAAGCCGACAGGUCUGCCCCGGGCAGUCCCCAGAGCCCCUCCAGUGGCGCCGAGGCUGCGGACGAGGACAGCAAUGACUCCCCUGGCUCCUCCAGCUCCUCCAGGCCUCUCAAGGUGCGGAUCAAGACCAUUAAAACGUCCUGCGGAAACAUCACAAGGACUGUCACCCGGGUCCCCUCGGACCCUGAUCCUCCUGGCCCCAACUUGGCUGAAGGGGCCUUCCUGGCUGAAGCCAGCCUCCUGAAGCUGUCCCCUGCGGCCCCCACCCCUGAGGGUCCAAAGGUGGUGAGCGUACAGCUGGGUGAUGGCACCAGGCUGAAGGGCACCGUGCUGCCUGUGGCUACCAUCCAGAACGCCAGCACCGCUAUGCUCAUGGCCGCCAGCGUGGCCCGCAAAGCCGUGGUUCUGCCCGGGGGGACUGCCGCCAGCCCCAAGACGCUGGCUAAGAAUGUGCUCGGCCUGGUGCCCCAGGCGCUGCCCAAGGCUGAAGGUCGGGCAGGGCUGGGGACCGGGGGACAGAAGGUGAAUGGGGCCUCGGUGGUGAUGGUGCAGCCCACAAAGCCGGCCCCUGGGCCAGCUGCGGGGGGCGGCACAGUGAUCUCACGGACCCAGUCCAGCCUGGUGGAGGCCUUCAACAAGAUCCUCAACAGCAAGAACCUGCUUCCUGCCUACAGGCCAAACCUGAGCCCACCUGCUGAGGCCGGGCUGGCCCUGCCUCCAACGGGCUACCGCUGCCUGGAGUGCGGGGAUGCCUUCUCGCUGGAGAAGAGUCUGGCCCGGCACUACGACCGCCGGAGCAUGCGCAUUGAGGUCACCUGCAACCACUGUGCCCGCCGCCUGGUCUUCUUCAACAAGUGCAGCCUGCUCCUCCAUGCUCGCGAGCACAAGGACAAGGGGCUCGUCAUGCAGUGCUCACAUUUGGUCAUGAGGCCCGUGGCCCUCGACCAGAUGGUGGGGCAGCCGGACAUCACACCCCUGCUCCCUGUGGCUGUCCCACCUGCCCCUGGACCGCUGCUCUUGCCUGCCUUGGGCAAGGGCGAGGGGGCCAUCGCCUCUGCUGCCAUGAGCACAGCUGCUGCUGAGGCCCCUGUGCUGCCCCUCUCGACAGAGCCGCCUGCCGCCCCUGCCACCUCUGCUUACACGUGCUUCCGCUGCCUGGAGUGCAAGGAGCAGUGCCGGGACAAGGCUGGCAUGGCAGCCCACUUCCAGCAGCUCGGGCCCCCUGCCCCGGGGGCCACCAGCAAUGUUUGCCCAACCUGCCCCAUGACGCUCCCCAAUCGCUGCAGCUUCAGCGCCCACCAGCGCAUGCAUAAGAACCGACCCCCCCACGUCUGUCCUGAGUGUGGGGGCAACUUCCUGCAAGCCAAUUUUCAGGCCCAUCUCCGCGAGGCCUGUCUGCAUUUCUCUCGCCGUGUAGGAUACAGGUGCCCCAGCUGCGCGGUGGUGUUUGGGGGUGUGAACUCCAUCAAGUCCCACAUCCAGGCGUCGCACUGCGAGGUUUUCCACAAGUGCCCCAUCUGCCCCAUGGCCUUCAAGUCUGCACCCAGUGCCCAUGCACACCUCUACUCCCAGCACCCCAGCUUCCUCUCCCAGCAGGCCAAGCAGAUCUACAAGUGCGCCAUGUGCGACACGGUCUUCACGCACAAGCCCCUCCUCUCCUCACACUUCGACCAGCACCUGCUGCCCCAGCGCGUUAGCGUCUUUAAGUGUCCGUCUUGUCCUCUGCUCUUUGCUCAAAAAAGGACCAUGCUGGAACAUCUCAAGAACACUCAUCAGUCUGGGCGCAUGGGGGAGGAGACUGCAGGGAAAGGGACUGGGGGUGCCCCUCUGACCCCCAAGACUGAGCCUGAGGAGCUGGCCGUGUCUCAGGGAGGGGCGGCUGCUGCCACUGCCACUGCCGCUGCUGCUACCGAGGAGUCGUCGUCAUCUUCCGAAGAGGAGGAACCGCCUAGCUCCCCCGAGCCCCCCCGCUCGACCAAGCGGCCCCGGCGGGAGCUAGGGGGCAAAGGCAUCAAGGGGGGGGGCGGGGGGCCCGGAGGCUGGACCUGCGGCCUGUGUCACUCCUGGUUCCCUGAGCGGGACGAGUACGUGGCGCACAUGAAGAAGGAGCAUGGCAAGUCGGUGAAGAAGUUUCCCUGCCGCCUGUGUGAGCGCUCCUUCUGCUCUGCCCCCAGCCUGAGGCGUCAUGUCAGGGUCAACCACGAGGGCAUCAAGAGAGUUUAUCCUUGCAGGUAUUGCACAGAGGGAAAGCGCACCUUCAGCAGCCGCCUGAUCCUGGAGAAGCACGUCCAGGUCCGGCAUGGCCUGCAGCUCGGGGCCCAGUCCCCUGGCCGAGGGAAUGCCUUGGCCCGGGGCCCUGGUGCCAGAGCCCAGGGGCCAGGACGGAAACGCCGCCCAUCUUCAGACUCGUGCAGUGAGGAGCCUGACAGCACAACACCUCCGGCCAAGUCCCCCAGGGGUGGCCCUGGGUCUGGAGGCCAUGGCCCCCUGCGCUACCGGAGCAGUGGCUCAACGGAACAGAGCCUCCUGGUGGGGUUGAGGGUGGACGGCGGUGCCCAGCAGUGCCUCGACUGCGGCUUGUGCUUCGCCUCCCCCGGCUCCCUGAGCCGGCACCGGUUCAUCAGCCACAAGAAGAGACGGGGUGUGGGUAGAGCCAGUGCCCUGGGGCUGGGGGAUGGGGAGGAAGAGGUCCCCCCUCCGGCGAGGUCUGACCCAGAGGGUGGAGACUCACCCCUGGCUGCCUCUGGAGGCCCGCUGACCUGCAAGGUCUGCGGCAAGAGCUGCGACAGCCCGCUCAACCUCAAGACCCAUUUCCGCACACAUGGCAUGGCCUUCAUCAGGGCACGGCAGGGGGGCACUGGGGACAACUAAGCCCCAGGCCUGGGACUGGUCAGCCCCUCUGUCUUUCCCAGGAGCCUGGGUUUCACUGCUGCUGCCUCUUGGUCCCUGGACUGGGAUGUUUCAUUAACAUUCACAUUUUGUUCAUUUCCUCUCCCCUGGAGAAAGCUUUUGAGGAUUAUAGUUGUUUGCAAAGACCCCUCUCCCCCACGCCCCUUGGGGUUCGGCCCACGGGUCCUAGUAGAGCGGCCCUCCAUUCCUCCCUUCUGAACCCGACACUAAUUCUGCUCCUGCCGCAGACGCCCAGUGUGGAACCGGAGCUGGGAGGCUGGGUGUGCGGUGCAUUUGCCGAGAGGCACAGGGGAGGACUGAGGGGAGGGGCUGUCCCGGACACCGCUCCGGGACUCCAGGCAUGGACUGUAGCCUUCCUUCUCUGGGCCCGGCCCGGCCCGGCCCUAGCACCCUCCCCCACUCCCUGACACUCAAGCCCCCCACUCCUGCAGUGCCUUUCACUUGUCUUUUUUUUUCCCCCCAGAAAUUCCAGGGAGGGGGGUUGGUGGGGAUGAGUCCUGUCGGGGGGGCCCAGGGAGAGGAGGGGACAGGCUCUCAGGAAUCCUUUAUUCUUGUAGUAAUAAUAAUACUAACAGUGGGAGAAACAGGAGGGAGAGAACCAGACCAUUAAAACUGCUCGUGGUUUAAUCCCCAUUCAGGCUCCUCUU